CGUGACGUCACCCCCCUCCGUGAAACAAACAUGGCGGCGCCCAUCAGCGUGUGUAUGUGACAGGACGAAGCCUUAUUUCUCCACUUCUUGUCAUCGUUAACAGUCAGGCUUGUAUGAAUUAGUAUCUUUGUGGAUGGUGAGCAGCUCCUUUUGAAACAUGAACCUGAAUCUCCCAAGACUUUGUCACAGAUUAUGUGUAACUGCAUCUCAGACACGUCCACUUCACAUCAGUGGUAAUGGGCAGCAGCUGGAUAAGACUGCAGUGGCUGUAGAUUCUGAUGUGUCGAAUCGUUUCUCCAUUUUCAGGACUUCAGAGAAUGAUCCGGCAUGCCAUAUGGGGCAUCAUGCUGGUCAGUACUACACCCUUCCUCCUGCACAUGUGCGCACAAUGUUUCCCCAUGGCUUGCCUUCACGCUUCCAGAUGCAGAUAAAGACAUUUAAUGAAGCUUGUGUUAUGGUGAGACAGCCAGCACUGGAGCUCAUCUCUUAUUUGAAAAGAGCAGACUAUAGCAAACCUGCCGUGCGCUAUCUGCUCUAUGGAGAGACCGGCUGUGGGAAGACCAUGUCUCUGUGCCACGCGCUGCAUUUCUGUUCCACUCAAGGCUGGUUGGUUCUGCACAUACCAGAUGCUCAUUUGUGGGUUAAAAACUGUAAUGAGCUGCUUCCCUCAUCAUCUCGUCCAGGUCGCUUUGAUCAGCCAAUCCAGGCCUCCCAGUGGUUGAAGAAUUUUAAAAUCACGAAUGAGCAUUUUCUGUCUAAGAUAAAGACAACAAAGCGGUAUGUGUGGACAAAGAGAGAGAGUACAGAAGAAGGACGGCCUUUAGGAGAACUGGUUAAUCAGGGUGUGACUCGUGUGAAGAGCAGCAGUGACGUGGUAGGUGCGUUACUGCGUGAGCUGAAGCUGCAGGUUGGAAGUGCUACAGAUGGAGCUUUCAGACUGGCUGUGGCUGUAGAUGGAGUCAAUGCUCUGUGGGGCAGGACAACUCUGAAGAAGGAGGACAAGAGUGAGGUGUCCGCAGACGAGCUAACGCUUAUUCACAACCUGAGAAAAAUGCUGAGGAAUGACUGGAGUGGAGGAGCCAUUCUUACAACGCUGUCUCAGACAGGGUCUCUGUACACGUCUCGCUCUGAUUACCUUCCAACUCAGCUGCUGGGAGAGGUGGGAUUUGAUAAGAUGGACCCAUUUGUGCCAAUCCCAGUUUCGAAAUACAACGAUCAGGAGUUUGAGAGCUGUUAUCUGUAUUACAUGGACCGUAACUGGCUGCAGCAUCCUCACAGUCAAACAGAAGAAGGAAAGAAAGAACUCAUUUUUCUCAGCAACAGAAAUCCGUCCAUCUUGGAAAGACUGUGUGCCUUCCUGUAAUAAAUGUUCCCUCCGUUUUGCGCUCUCUCUCCCGUCUCUGUCUGUGUAAAAUUAUCCAUGAUACAGUCCACAUAUGCCACUGCUGUCUUUAAUAAUAAAAAGCCUUUGAAGAAAAA